AUGAUCUUUGCGUCCUCUCCCGCAGAACGGCCACCAUGCGAAUCUGCGACCGAGCAAAUUGAACGUACCAGCAACCAGCAGCUUGAGACAACUAAUGAGGAGACAACUAAUGAGGAGACAAGAAGCAGCACCAGUGAUCCCAACGCCGCCGGUUUGCAACCACCGCCGAACAGCCAUGUGACAAUUCCAGACCAUCAGGACUCCACAGCAUACUCCCUGUCAAAUCGCGACCUUUCCACUCAGGCUGCUGUCCUCCUCGCGCAGGAAGCCUUCCAGGAGGAGUUAGUUUCGCCGACCAAAGAAGCCCCGGAAGCAGAGCCGGAACUGGCCCCUGAGGCUGACCACAUGUUGCUCUCACCGACUAAGGCUCCCCAAAUCAACGCUGUUACGCCAUUCAGAGCUUUCAACUCUCUUGUGCGGCCAUCACCCAUGCGCCACACCACUCGAGCAUCCAUGGCGACGCAAGACCUCUUCAACGCGGCAUCGCCUUUCGCUGUCAGUACGGUCAAGAAGCCCAGACAAGGCAAAAGAGCCAGCUUUGCAGCUUUUGAUGCCGAGGAACACGUCACAGCAAUCAGCAGUCCCGACCGCGAAGUCGAACGAGAAGCCAUCGACGCCAGUUUGUGGACGCCUCAACCUACCAGUCUUGCUCGAACACCGAUACCAGCGCCUGGAACCGCAAGAGCUGCCACGCCAGCGGCCCCCUCGCCAACCGAUGAGGCGUCAGUCACCAUGUCACUACUACCGGCUGACGACCCACCCGCUCCAAUGCCGACCACCACACCGAACGCAAGCCCGGUUAGAAGCUCCGCUGGCCAGCCAAUUCUACAGGCGAUAACUUCGUUCUCCCCUACGCCGUACGGAUCGCUCAACGAGGUCUCUUUCCAAGGCGGGCAGAAGCUGCUAGACGAUAGUCAGUUUGACGUGGAUGCCGCGCUUGAAGACGCGGAGUCGUUCCUGCAGAGCUGGGAUCUUGAGUCUGAGAUCAGGAAGAGCUCGUCGAAGAGUGGGAGUUUGGCGAGUGGGAUGCAAAGUAGAAGGGUGCUGGGUGUUAAGAAUCAUUGA